AUGAAACUCUCAACUCAGUCAUCUGUUCCGGUCUAUACGAUUUCAGGCUCCUCGACAGCCCGGCCACUUCCAGAAUGGCUUGCCAGGCGGAGGAAGCGCAGUCUGAAGAACGACCCAGAAUACGCCAACAGGGUCGAGCUGCUGCAAGAUUUUGAAUUCGAAGAAGCUAGCCAAUGUAUUCGCGUCAGUGAGGAUGGCCAAUGGGUUAUGAGCACAGGUACAUACAAACCGCAAAUGCACACCCAUUAUUUGCCACAUCUGUCGCUCUCUUUCGCCCGCCACACCAUAUCGCUCAAUACGACGUUUCUUUUGCUGUCUUCCGAUUACUCGAAGUCAUUGCAUCUGCAGGCAGAUCGAUCCCUCGAGUUCCACACCCCCCAAGGAUGUCACUAUACAAUGCGACUACCCCGCUACGGUCGCGAUCUCGUUUACGACCGACAGUCGACCGAAGCUCUUGUCCCAGCAGUGGGAGUCAAUCAAGAUGGCAGCGGUGAGGUGUUCCGCCUGAAUUUAGAAGCAGGUCGAUACUUGCGCAGCUUUGAAGUUGACGUGGGCGGAGACGAUUUUCACUCUACCGGCGGCGGUACUUUGCAAGGCGGCAUUAAUACAGGAUCGGUUAAUACGGGUACUAUUGCUGAAGAGAGUCACAACCUUCUCGCUUUUGGCACUUCGAUUGGCACUGUUGAACUGUGGGACUCGAGAGCUCGAGGCCGCGCGGGGAUUUUGCUGCCACCGUCACAGUCCCAGCCGGGAGAGAUGCGACACGAGAUUACUGCUUUGGAAUUCGACAGAUCGGGCUUGAAUCUGGUGACGGGGUCUUCCAAUGGGCUCAUGCACCUGUACGAUCUACGAUCCCCCGUGCCGUAUCUCAAGAAGGACCAGGGCUAUGGCUAUCCGAUCCACACGUUGAAGUUUCUCAACCCAUCUUCGCGAACACGCGAGCAAACACUGGAACCAAAAAUACUUUCUUCGGAUAAGAGAAUUAUCAAGAUCUGGGACCCUCGGAACGGAGCCCCGUGGACCUCGGUCGAACCGGCCGUGGACAUUAACAGUGUUGCGUGGUGCCAGGAUAGCGGUAUGAUAUUGACAGCAAACGAGGGAAGGCAACAGCAUGCCUUUUUCGUUCCCCAGCUUGGCCCAGCUCCCAAAUGGUGCUCGUUCCUGGACAACCUUGUGGAAGAAAUGGCCGAGGACCCCAACGAUCCUCAAGCAUUCACCGGAAACCAGGCAACAUCCGUGUACGACAAUUAUAAAUUCUUGACCACUGCUCAACUGCGCACUCUGAACCUGGACCAUCUGAUUGGACGAACCAACCUGCUACGACCAUACAUGCACGGCUACUUUGUCGCCCAAAGACUGUACGAAGAAGCGCGACUCAUCACAAACCCUUACAUCUGGGAAGAAGAACGCGCGAAGCGAGUCAAAGAGAAAAUCGACCUGGAGCGCGAAAGCCGGAUUCGCGGGAAGAAGAAAGCCGCCGUCAAAGUUAACAGAAAACUUGCCGAGAAGCUACUUGACAAGCAAGAAAAAGUCGAGCGUCGCAACGCCAAACGCGUGCUGGACCAAGGUGGCGAUGAGAAAAUGGAAGAUGCUCCUGCGGAUACAACUGCCACCACUACUACUGAGACAUCUUCUGAUAAGGGCUUGUUGGGUGAUAGUCGAUUCAAGCAGAUGUUCGAAGACACCGAGUUCGCCGUGGACGAAACGUCUUAUGAAUACAUGAUGCUCAACCCGAGCAGCAACAUAACCCCCAACACCGGAGAUCGCGCAGAACGCAAGGAACGUGGUCUCACUGCUGUCGAGCAAGAAGCCGCCGACGAGACACCAGGAUCUAGCAGCGACGACGACGACGAUGAUGACGACGACAACGACAACGCCAACAAGGUAGACGACAACGAUAAACGAUACACAAAACCCCAGCAGGCCACAGAAGACAUAUCCUACAAACGCAGCCGAAAACCAUACACAAAAAUGCAAGUCUCAUCAUCGUCAUCUAGACGAGCAGGACCCGGCGCCUCCCGGGACCGGUCCUUCGAGUCUCGCGCGCAAAAGAUGCGUCCUUCUACCAACAAUAGGGAUAGGACUGGUCGACGCAGUGCUGUCGGCGAGAAAGAGUUUACUUUUACGCCUCAUAACGCAAAGGCUAACAACAACAAGUCUCGAGAAGCAGAGCCUGUCAGACUGGCCGAGGAUUAUCGAAGCAAGGCACGCCGUAGCGCAUCAGGGAAUGCCUUCCGUCGCAUGUGA